AUGAAAAAAUACGACUUGCCCCCGAACUUGGCCGCGUUCAACGGGCUGCUGAGCGCCCUCUGCAAGUCGAAAAACGUGAGGAAAGCCCAGGAGAUUUUCGACGGGAUGAGGGAUGAGUUUCGGCCCGACUCGAAAACUUUCAGCAUUUUGAUUGAGGGGUGGGGUCGGGCCCCUAACCUGCCUCGGGCCCGCGAGGUUUUCGACGAGAUGGUGAGUUCGGGCCUGAGGCCCGACAUCGUAACAUAUGGGAUCAUGGUCGAUAUUCUCUGCAAGGCGGGGAGAACAGAUGAGGCCGUUGGAAUCGUUAAGGAGAUGGAAUUGAACGGAUGUGCGCCCACGCCUUUCAUCUACAGUGUGCUCAUACACACUUACGGAGUUGAAAACAGAAUCGAGGAUGCAAUUGACACUUUCCUUCAGAUGGAGAGGUCGGCCCGUGUGGGGCCCGAUGUGGCCGUGUACAAUGCACUCAUAAGCGCAUUUUGCAAGGUUAAUAAAUUCAAGAACGCAUUCAAAGUGGUGAACGAGAUGGAUAAGAAAGGGGUGAAGCCGAAUUCGAGAACAUGUAAUAUCCUCAUUAAUGGUUUAAUAUCUCGGGAGGAAAGAGAGAAGGCGUUUAAGGUUUUCCGUAGUUUGUCAAGGAUUUGCGAGCCUGAUGCGGACACUUAUACGAUGAUGAUUAAGAUGUUUUGUGAGAUGGACGAGCUGGAAAGAGCGAUGAAAGUGUGGAAGUAUAUGGAGAGGAAGCAGUUUUCGCCGAGCAUGCACACGUUUAGUGCGCUUAUUCACGGGUUUUGCAGUAAAGGCGAUGUGUCGAGGGCUUGUGUUUUAAUGGAGGAGAUGAUGGAGAGGGGGAUUCAGCCUGGAAGGCAUACAUUUGGGAAGUUGAGGCAGUUGCUUAUUAAGGAAGGAAGGAAAGAUGUGCUUGAGUUUUUGCAGGAAAAGAUGAAUCUUUUGGUGAAAGAACCUUUGUGUGAUUGA